AUGGCUGACACCUACACAUUGCUCUUCGAAAACCACUGUCCGGCGGUCCACCGCCACGCUGUGAAAGACAUCUGCCAGCGUGUCGACAAUGCCUUUCAACAACGCAACGUCGAGCUCUCCCCUCCCGGCAAUGACCUCUCUACUCCCGGCAAUGACCAGUCUGCCCAACUCCUCGAGCUUCUCGUACAAGCCUACGAGGUCAUACUGCCUGCAGUUGCGCGGUCUGACCUCCAGCAGUUGGCUCAAUCAGGCCUCCAAGGCUUGAUCUCCGCCAUGCCGAUGUGAGUCUGACACGGAUUCCAGCUGACGCCUCUCCUAACGUUGCCUAGACCUCCAGAAGAUUCCAACCAUGGACCUUCUACCCCAGCGCCGGACCGCACGUCCUCGAAGAAGCGCGAAGCUCCCCAAGACCCUCCACCCCCUCCCAAGAAGAAGCACAAGGCAAUCGAAGAGCCGAUCCUUGUGGAGACUCGACGGAGGAGCCGAGUUGCUUGCGACGCAUGCAGGAAGCGCAAGGCCAAAUGCCAGAGUCCAGAUGGUAUGUACGCCCGAAUGGUGUGCUGCUUGUUCAAGACUGACCUUUGCAGGGCCCGGUGAAUGUCAGGCAUGCAUCUACUACGGCACAACCUGCAAUCAGCCUUGGAAAGACUUGGCAAAUCCGACCCUGCCUCUCUACUCCAUGUCUGCUGCUGGCUUCAACCACGUCGACGCCCCCUUCUUCUCGCAGAACUUUGCUCCGCCGCCUGACAUGCCAGUCUUUCAUCCGAUGAUGGCAAUGCAUUCAGGCUUUCAAAUGGGGAUGCCGAUGAAUCCAAGCCUUCCAUUCGGUAUGUCGGACGGCCGCAUGUACCAGUUCAACGCAGGAACGACGUCCUCGGCCAGCCCGCGCCAAGGUCAGAAAUCUGGAUAUCCGAACGCGGUCACGAGCCAGAUGCCGGCCCAAAACGAGCCUUUCAUGCCAUCCCAACGCUCCUACGACAACGCAAACUUGGCCCCGUUCCAGGACCAGAGCUCUGCAUAUCCAAAUGGAGUCUCGAACCAGGUGCCGUUCCAAAACGGAUACUCCCUGCCACAGCCACAGUCCUACGAGUUUGGAGCCUUCGCAAACGGCAACGAGCCAACAGCCCUGACUGCCAAAGCUGUUUCCAACAGCAGUGUACUGUGUCAUCGCAACGCAGGCCUUGACCGGACGGUCUCGCAGGACCGUGGAGAGUCUCGGAACAGUCACCUACUGCCUGCACCGCAUGUCGACGGAACCGGCCGCCCUUCAACUGCUGAGAACACCACGACUAUGCACGCUGGUGAUCAACACAGUGCUGCUGAGGCCCACAAGGAGGGAGAUGCGCCAGGUCGUCUAGUCAUCGAUCUCACCGAGUCUCCCAUUAGUACAGUCGAUCAUGAACACGGCCCUGUGUCCCCCAACAACACUACGCAGUACGCAGGAAACCAGACUCAUACUUCCAUUGCUCCUCCAAUCACUUCGAAACACCAAAGUGAUCACAUAGAGCCGCCUGCCUGGACCGACUUCAUCGCCGCUGGCUCAGUCGAUCCCUCACCCGUCGUGGCCCCUGAAGACCACUUCGAGCUCGCAAUGUCGUCGGGCAUCAGCGAUGAGGUACCUCCUGGUCUCGACACCUCAUCCACCAUGCCGCACAGCAGCAGCAUUACCAUCUCUGACAUCGACCAUUUUGCUGGAAUCGGCCAUCCCAAUGACAGCGGCUCCGGUUUCGGCUCCGGCACCUCCGCCGCGCUUGCUGAGAACGCUAUGAUCUCCCUCGCCUUCCCCGAACCAGUCUGGCCGCCUCCAGCCAUGUCCUCGAACGAUGAAGGAGGGGGAAACCUUCCUGCCGGUGGGCAGCCUCACUUGACCGCACCAUGGACCAUUGACGAUACCGACAUCGUCUUAGGACAAGUUGAGCUUCUCGAGACCACCGAUGAUGAAUUCUCGGACGACGAGGAAGACGAAGACGAAGCAGAGGAAGGAGGAGAGCCAUCUGAUUCUCUUCUCGCCACCGCUGGCUCCACUGCAGUCGAGAACCUUCACGAAGAUGAAGCCGUCGAACAGACCAAAUCCAAUGGAUACGACGACGGCGGCGAAUGGCCUUUCGACGACCUCUUCGACGUGGGAGACAAACCCAAUGGAUUUGACGUCACCGAAUGGCCUUUCGAUGACCUCUUCGAUGUGGGAAAUGCCGCGAGUUGA